CUUCUUUCAUAUAGCAUAUUUCAUACGUUCAAUAUACGUCGUGGAAAGGUGCCUGGAGAGUAGACGUAUUCCAGACAGUUGCAGGAGGCUGCCUAUCUAAGUGUAUCGUAUCCGAGACACAACAGCUGUAUUCACUGUUAACACAAUUGCCUCCACCGAUAUGCCCAGGGAAAUACAUCUUUGUAAUAUAUUGCCAUUUCUCAUUUCUGCUUUUACAGCUACAGCACCGUAUUAUCUCCUGCUGUUACCUAGUGCACUCCAUCUCACAACACAUUGUAUUGCCAUUCAGGCAACUCCAUGCCCUUCACCACCAUGUACAGGUCCAGACCCUCACGUAUAUAAACAUUGUGGACUGGAACGGCCCUAUCCUCACUUUUUCUCCUCAGCAAUAUCUAAAUAUAUUCAUUCCAUAAAGCUCAUAACUACUGGACUCGCCAAAGGACAACACACUGGAGAGCACGUUUCACUAGGGAAUGAGCUUCUGAAAUGGGGGCUGCGCUGUUCAUUAAUAGCAAUGUCUGCUUCUCGUGCUUGGUAGUCCACAAGCAAUCAUCCCAGUCCGAUUUGUGGAGCUAUGCCUCUAUUCGCUCAAGUGGCACCUGACACAGUUUACAUCUGCAGUGCGCAGUACCAGAAUCCUGGCGCCGCUAGCGAUCUGGUGAUCCGAUUGCAGCUAAAAUCAGUGAUCACUAGGAUGCUGAUCGAAUUACCUGC